AUGGUGAUGACUUCGAUGGCCAACCGAUCGCACGAAGAACUCAUUGAACUCUUCCAACAACUAAAACACAUGAUUAGAGACGACACGCGAGAGAAGGAGGCGUUGAGACAGCGCUUGCUUUCAGACCAUAACAAUGAGGACUGGAAUCAAACACUUGUGGAUCAGUUGAGGCGACAAUUGACUGAAUGUCACACUUGUAUCGACACUCAACGCAUAGCUCUUCAAGAGUUCCAACGAAUGAAAGAGACAAAUAAUGGUUUGAAAGAAGAGAUCAAUCGAUCGAAUGAAACGCUGAAGAGUUGGCGCCAAUCGAGCCAUCAAUUGGUCCAAAGAGUUCGCAAUGAAAGCGACGAACGGAACGAUAAAUUGAGCGCAGAUUUGAACGCGAAGUGCAAAGAGAUGGAGGACUUGAAGCUCACCAUCGCUUCCAAAGACUUGGAUUUGAAUGAAUUGAGGCGUGAAUUGAGUGACGAGAAGAACAAAAGCGGCCAAAAUGUGGAACAAAUCAAAGAGUUUUACGAAAACAAAAUCCAAUGUCUUUACAGAGAAUUUGACGACAAUUUGCGAACCAUUUCUAAGACAAACGAUCAGAAGAUCAUUGAUAUCAAAGCCGAUUGUCUUGUGGCCAUCAAUCGGACUCAAGAGGAAUUGGGACAACAAUUGGAGAAAUACAAGAAUGAGAACAAAGAACUGAACGAAAAGUAUUCACAUUUACGGCUCGAAUCGGAGGCCAGAAAAAUGACAAACCGUUUCGUAAACGCAAACAGAAAUCAAUACAAAUUCAAAUCAACGAAUGCCAGCACUUCUGACACCAAACCUAAGCUAUCGAUCCGAGUGCUCGACUCCGACGACGACUCCAGUGGACCCACUGUUGAAUUGGUUCCACAGAAACGCAAGAAAUUAAUGCAAAACAAUGACUCGUAUUUGGAUUUCUUGAAACAAUCGCCUUAACUGUCGGUUAAUUAGAUAUCAAUAAUAAUUCAUUUCAAUACUAAUAGCCAUAACUUUUUCGUGUAAUUAAU